AUGGCCGACGACAACACCGACCGACCAGCUGCAGGCAGUGGUCGAGAAAACACUCCUCGCAUCCCCGCCGUCGACACCAUCGACUACGCCCAGCAUUCCACAACCAACACCGCCCCCUCCACGAGGCGAACCUCAACGUCGUCGUUCGGCAUGAGCAACCCAAGCCGGCCGGGCGAGUCGCAGCAACAGAGCUACAGCAGCAUGCAAGCCAGCCAAGGCAGCUUGCAGUCUGAUGGCACCGAGCGACGGAACAGACCAAGACUGAAUUACGGCACAGUGCAGGGUUCCUCCACAACGUCUGGUGGAGGCCGCUCCCAUACCCAAACACAGGCCCAGACACUUGGACAGCAGACGCCCAAGCGACCGGGCACUGUACGGAAACCAUCCCAGAUACCCUUCCGUGGCGAGAUCUUCUCCGUCGACGAUGAUGCGAGCGAAAUUGAAGAGGAAGCCCUUCGGCAACGACGAGAGUCGACUGCAGCCACACGAGACAGAGAGCGUGAGCGGGAACAACGCGAGCGCCAGCUAAGACGGCGAGAGAGCACAUUACGAAGACGACCUACAGCACAGCCGCCGGCCUUGUCGAGAGUGGAAAGCGACGAUCGCGAGCAAGCAACACAGUCAACAGGGACAGAUGCUGCACCUACACCUGCAUCUGUGAUCAGACGAGAGUUGUCUGGAGACCAAGAACCGAGCUCGGAAGAGACGCUGCAAGGUGGAGAGGAAGAGGAGGAAGAAGCAGAAACGCCCGAUGCAGACGAAGACGAUGCUGACCUGAGUGACGCGGAAAGCUUCACACUCAAGGAUAGGCAAGAAGCGAUCAACGAAACACAUCCGUUUGGUAUCAGAAUAUGGAAGCCAGCGCUGUACAAGAAAAGCCGCUCUGUGCAACGGAAUGCUGAGGGAGACAUACAUAGUGCUCCUGGUGGCAACGUCAGUCGGUGGCUGUGGAUCUUCAAUGGCUUGUGGACGCUCACCUGCGGCUGGUGGCUGUCACUCAUCACUGCUAUUGGCGGUGUUGUGUGUAUGACCUUCGCUCUGGUUCAACCCGAGGGCUCUGGCUGCCAGGAGUAUGGUCGUGUGAUGAUCAACCUGGCACACUACCUCUUCUACCCAUUCGGCAUGUACGUCAAGCUGGAGCGGGACGAAGCAUACCUCCACGAAGACGAAGGUGAAGGCAGAGACAUUGCAGAGUACGAGCAAUGGCAAGCUGGAGACAUCGAAGAAGGCCGCCUUAUCUUCGGACCGACCGACAUCAACCGUUCGAUCAUCGGCCGCCGGCGAGAGGAAGAGCCAGACCUCGACAACAACGAGACCGACAGCCUUCUUGGUCGUCAACGAAGAGAAGGCUCCAUCGCACGUCGUGCCCGCAGCAGGACGAAGAAGCGUCUGUUCGGUCGUGGCAAGUGGAACCUCGGCCGUGUGAUCUUCUUCCUGUCCUUUUACUUCCUCAUCACGCCUUUUCUGUUCAUCGUCAGUGGCAUCUGCUGGUUCUUCGUCUUCACGAUACCCAUGGGCAAAGUGACGCUGCUUCUGUUCUACCACUUACGACGCCAUCCGCUUGCCAUGAGUUUCCACACUGACAGCCACUACCAACGUGUCCCAUCACAGCCCCGGGGCAGCAGCGACAGUGUCAUCUUGCUAUGCACAUACCGAGCGGUAGGGACCAAGUACUGGAAGUACACCAUCGAUGGUACCAACAUCUUCCUCAUCAAUCUGCUAGGCAUUGUGUUCUUCGCCAUCCUCGACUACUUUGUGCUGUACAAAGCCCUCGGCAUCAGAGUGUGGAUCACACAGCCCGGCUUCGUCUUCGUGGUCGCUCUGGCUUCGAUCAUUCCACUUGCAUACUUCAUCGGUCAAGCUGUUGCAUCAAUCUCAGCGCAGUCUUCAAUGGGUGUCGGAGCGACCAUCAAUGCAUUCUUCAGCACGAUCGUCGAGGUCUUCCUGUACUGCGUGGCACUGGACGAGGGCAAGUCUCAACUUGUUGAGGGAAGCAUCAUUGGCUCAAUAUUUGCUGGAAUACUGUUCUUGCCUGGACUGUCCAUGUGCUUUGGCGCCAUCAAGCGAAAGACGCAGCGCUUUAACGUCAAGUCUGCAGGCGUCACUUCGACGAUGUUGCUGUUCGCUGUCAUUAGCGCUUUCGGCCCUACCCUUUUCCACCAAUUCUACGGCACGCACAUCCUGAACUGUCGUCAAUGCGCCAGCUACGGACAUCAUCAGAAUGAGCGCGACUGUCGAAGAUGCUACUUUGCUCAAGUGCCUGACAUCAACGACAAGUUCUGGACCGAGGCGGUGCAGCCGUACAUCUACAUUUGCUCGGUAUGCCUGUUUUUAUCGUACGUGGUCGGCCUGCUAUUCACACUGCGCACACAUGCUGCGAUCAUCUGGAACAACGAGCCAGAGCACGAGAAGAAGGAGUGGAAGGGUGAUCAUGCCGCGCUUUCUGCUAAUCAUACGCACGCACCUUUCACUGUUGUCGGCGCCGAAGGUAAUACCCACAGCGGUGCCACCAAGUCUGCACAGGGCACGCUGGCACGCGAGGACAUAAGAUCGAGUCAAAUGUACAAGCGUAUCCUGAACACCAGCUUGAAGCAAGCUGGCGUCGUGCAGCACUCCGGAACAGACAAGGUCAAGAAGGACACCACUGACGCAAACGCCGAGGGAGUCGCGCCACACAUCGUCCCGCCAAAGAGUGCCGGCAACGAUACGAUUUCUUCCAGCAACGUCAGGAUCCAUGGCCUGAGUGCUGAGGACAACCGCGCUCUGGUACAGCAGGUAGCCGAGAUGGCAGCUACCGCCGCCACGGUUGCAGCAAGAGAUGCGACAAAGGCUCCGCGCCGCGCCAGUGUCAUGGCUACAACCGCUGGAAGUCCUACUGCAUCUCGUCACCAGUCAUACAGGGAUCCAUCGAAAGGUCACAAAGAUGCGAAGGCUCAGCUGCAUCACGAUCGCGACUUACCUCCGGAUCCAGCUACUGGGAAGCCUGCUGCUGCACCGGAAGAGCCAGCUGGUGGUCAUGGAGGUCACGAUGCUCCGAAUUGGUCCAGGACGAAGUCUGCUAUCAUCCUCAUGGUCGCGACGGUUGCCUACGCCAUCAUCGCUGAGAUUCUUGUCGACACUGUCGACGUCGUGCUAUCAUCCGUACCCGGCAUCCCAGAGAAGUUCCUCGGCAUCACACUCUUCUCCCUCGUGCCCAACACGACCGAAUUCUUGAACGCCAUCAGCUUCGCCAUGAACGGCAAUGUCGCUCUAUCCAUGGAGAUCGGAUCGAGUUACGCCCUGCAAGUGAUCCUACUCCAGGUCCCCUGCUUGGUGCUCUUCAGCGCCAUAUACUCCAACUUCAUUCCCCGCGGCGAGAUUCUCAGCCACUCUUUCUCGCUGAUCUUUCCGCAGUGGGAUAUGGUCUGCGUGAUCUUGAGUGUGUUCCUGAUGGGCUGGGUCGUGGGUGAGGGCAAGUCGAAUUACUUCAAGGGGAGUAUUUUGAUUUUCACGUAUGUGGUUGUCGUGCUUGGGUUUUGGUUUACGGGGAAGGUGGAUUUGGAUAGCAUGGGGGUAGACCGCUUCGAUACCCUCGCCCUGGGCAUCCACCCUGAGUCUUUCAGAACCAUCGGAAAGAGCACGAGUGGUGCGGCGUUCUAG